CUAGAGAAGCGGUGAGCACCCGGCGUAGGGAGUGAGCUGCUGCUGCGGCGGCGCUGCUGCACCCGCGGCCCGAGGCCGAGAGUGAGGCCGACGUGCGCCCCGCGAACGUGUCGGAUCGGAGCGACCCAGCUGCUGGGGCCCUUGCGGCCGUGCGGACGUUUCGGCGGGUCGGUGCGCUACUCCCGCGAGGAUGCGGCUGUUCCUGUGGCUGCUGAAGCAGUCGGUGCCGAAGCAAAUCGAGCGCUACUCGCGCUUCUCGCCGUCGCCGCUCUCCAUCAAACAGUUCCUGGACUUUGGGAGAGAUAAUGCAUGUGAGAAAACGUCAUACAUGUUUCUACGAAAGGAACUGCCCGUGCGACUGGCUAACACAAUGAGAGAAGUCAAUCUUCUGCCCGAUAAUUUACUGAACCGCCCUUCGGUGGGGCUGGUUCAGAGUUGGUAUAUGCAAAGUUUUCUUGAACUUUUAGAAUAUGAAAAUAAGAGCCCUGAGGAUCCAAAGGUCUUAGAUAACUUUCUACAAGUUCUGAUUAAAGUUAGAAAUAGACACAACGACGUGGUUCCUACAAUGGCACAAGGAGUGAUUGAAUACAAGGAGAAGUUUGGAUUUGAUCCUCUAAUUAGCAGUAACAUUCAGUAUUUUCUGGAUCGAUUUUACACCAAUCGCAUCUCUUUUCGCAUGCUUAUUAACCAGCAUACACUUCUGUUUGGUGAUGACACUAAUCCUGCGCAUCCGAAACAUAUAGGAAGUAUUGAUCCAACCUGUAACGUGGCUGAUGUGGUGAAAGAUGCGUAUGAAACAGCCAAGAUGCUGUGUGAACAGUAUUACCUGGUAGCUCCAGAGCUGGAAAUUGAAGAAUUUAAUGUUUUGUCUCUGUUUUCAGCCAAAGCACCAGACAAACCUAUUCAGGUAGUUUAUGUGCCCUCACAUCUGUUUCACAUGCUAUUUGAGUUGUUCAAGAACUCAAUGAGAGCAACAGUUGAAUUGUAUGAAGAUAGAAAAGAGGGCUGCCCUGCUGUUAAAACUCUUGUUACUUUGGGUAAAGAAGAUUUGUCCAUUAAGAUAAGUGAUCUAGGUGGUGGAGUUCCACUUCGCAAAAUAGAUCGUCUUUUCAACUACAUGUAUUCAACUGCUCCUAGACCUAGCCUGGAGCCCACAAGAGCUGCCCCUUUGGCCGGAUUUGGUUAUGGUUUGCCAAUUUCUCGUCUGUAUGCUAGAUAUUUUCAGGGAGAUCUAAAACUAUAUUCCAUGGAAGGAGUAGGUACUGAUGCUGUCAUUUACUUGAAGGCUCUUUCUAGCGAAUCAUUUGAGAGGCUGCCAGUUUUCAAUAAGUCUGCAUGGCGCCAUUACAAGACCACACCUGAAGCUGACGACUGGAGCAAUCCCAGCAGUGAACCCAGGGAUGCAUCAAAAUACAAGGCUAAACAAUUUUUUUCUUCUGACUGCCUGUAAAUUCCAACUGUACAAGCAAGAGGACAAGAUCAAAACUAAUAGAACUUUGUAAGGCGCUGAACGCUGUGGCCCUCUUUCGUGAAGAAAGGUCGUCUUCUGCAAGUCGAUGCGAGAGCACUUUUUUCACCAACUCUGAAUGAUUCCCAGUGCUUGAGUGUAUUCUGUCCAUACCAGCUGGAUCUUUCCACGGAGCCCCUCCUGUAGUUAUUCCAGGCAAAAGUUCCACUAAAGUAGUAACUCAAGUAAUUUUUCAUGUUAUUUUGCUGUGGUGUGGUCGGCGCCUAUCACAAAAGAACACAGAGCCUCCUUAGAGCUCUCGUGCCCUCACACUGUCUGUCUCAUUAUCGUAGCGCCUGGUGUCUCCAGUCUUCCCUGGAUCCGAGUUCCUUCCCCAUCCUAGGUGCAGCAGUUACUGCUGCUGCUCUUUCUGACCAAAUACCUUAUUUGUCCCAAACUUCCAGCUAGGGUCGAAGAAUCUGGAAGGAGACCAUAGCAGCUGAGCACGUCUUGAGAAUUCAGUCCCAGGGCCCUCUCUGCUGUGCAUCCCUCCUCCGCUCUCUCAUUGGGUUUGCCUUCCUCCAUCCGGUCUGCAUUCUCAUUAUAGGAGGCGUGGUACUUUCAUAUUAGGUCUUACUGAUGCAUUGAUAUUAUUUUACAAUUCAUUUGUAUACUUCCAUUCCAUCGAUUAAAGCAUUCCAAAAUUUGUCUUGGAAUUUUUCACUUAACGGCUUAAUUUUAAAGAUCGUAAGUGAAAAACUGCUUUGUGGUCAGUAUCGAGCCUAUGAAGAGUGGGAAAUAGAGACUUUCUGCUCCUGUAGAAAUUGCACCAGUCUACUACUAUAUCUUUGUCACGUUCCUUUGUGAUCUCCUAAGGAAUUGCAAGUUCCUGUGUCAUGCACUUUACUAGUUGUAAAAUAGACUACCAAAGGGAAAAGCUCUUUCUAGGUUACUUGAAAACUCCUGUGGGCCUUCAUCAAUUUCAUUUUUCUCAUUUCAGCCAGUUUUAGAUUUGGGAGCUCGAUCUGAUUUUCACACUCCUUCAUUUUUUGCUAGAGUGGAAGUAAGAAUUAACAGGGGACCUGGGUGAGGAGAGAGGAAUGAUGUUAUAUUUACUCUUAGUAAUAGAAGCCAGCGGAGAGUCCACAUUCACAGUAGCAUCUUACAUAACUCCACAGGCUUUGUUUCUCUUCGCUGUAAUUUUUUAUGUCAGUCUAAUUCUUAGUAGUAAGUCUACUGAUUUAGAGGUUGCAAAGUAGUCUUCAUCCCUUAGUCACAUGACAGUGGCAAUGCAGUUGUCCCACCAUCACCGCAGUGGGGAAUUUUUCCUUGGAUGGAGUUAGGCUGUGACCAGCUGCACUUGGCUUGAUUGUAACUCUGUUUCUCUUAGUUUCACUGAAUAUGGUUUUCUUUCAUGUCAUUAUGCUCCCCAAGCUUGUGGUAGUUUCUUUCAUCUUUAGAAGGGUCUCAUCCCUUCCAUCCUCAGGAGGAUCUCAUCAGAGAACUCACAUAUAAUCAGUCAAGUAGAAGACAUAUCGAUGUACUUCCAAGAGAUGGAAGAGAUAGGCCAUGUAGCAGCUUGUUUGUUUGAGGUCCAAGUCAGUGUCUCAGGAAUAGGGCCGUUCGGUGUGAUUAUUCUCUCAUGGUAUAAAAGAGGUAAAAAUAAGCUGGAUGUGGUGGUGCCUGGCUGUCAUCGAACCUCCUCAAAAGACUUGAGUACUGCAGGUUCAAUGCCAGCCUGAGAAAUUUAAUGGGACUCUGUCUCCAAAUAAAAAUUGGUAAAAAGAGCUAGGGGUAUAGCUCAGUGGUAGAGCCCUUACCUAGCAGGCACAAAACCGUAGGUUCAAUCCCCAGCACUGCAGAAAAGAAAAGAUUUAAAGUUAAUGGUCCUUUACAUUUAAAGGCUCUAGCUUCCUUACAAACAUUAGACAGUAUCGCUAGCUUAUUAGAUCUCGAUUUCCAACUGUGCUCCUUUACACUUUCAAGUGGGAUCUGCCACAGGGGAAAGGAGACAGCAGAUUUGUGUCGCGUUACCUUCUGCCUUGUUCCCCCUGCGCUUUUAUCGUUUGAAGAAUGCCCACUGACUGCCAAGCCCUCAAUCAAGCACCACGUAGGGGUCAAAUAUGGAAAAUAUGAUAUAGAAACAUCCUGUCACAUUCUUGACAAGUAUUUUUCAAAAGCAAAAUGUUACUGCGAUGUUUUGAUGAGUCAGUGUACGUUAGAGCGGUGAUGGCAGACCUUUCAGCACUUCUAGUGACCACAAGCAGGCGCCUGUGUCACGUGGCCGUAGGUUCCCCACCACUGCUUUAGAGCUUACUCACGUGCACCUGACCCAGUACAGUCUGCCUUCUAUCCCUUGUCGUUUUUCUUCACUGAGAAUUCUUUUCUGGAGUCUUACUCUUCAUUUCAUUGACAAGAACAUUUUGAGGAUCAUCUUGCCUUCUGCGUUUGUCAGCUCCUUCACCCAAGAAUUCAUUUUUCUUUCUUCUUGACUGUAUAGGAUCCUCUGAGCUUAAGCACAUCUCUCUCAUUGUUUGCUGGGUUUGCCUGUAAGCCAGUGGUAAGAUUUCUGCAUAUAAAUUGUAAUAUAAACAGACAUUGGCCCCUUUUCAGCCAAAUUCUUCCCCAUUUCUGUGUAAUGUCCUGUCAUUGACAUUAUUUGGGGGCCGUGUCUACUACUUGAAAUAGUGCCCGGCAAAUAAUAGAUACUUAAUAAAUACUGUAUCAAAGACUGGAAGCUGACACACGUUUACCUUGGGUAGCAGGACAACAUCUAGGUUCUUAAGCUAUCCCUGUCCCCAAAUCAGGUCAGGGGCUUUGGAAGUAUGAAAUUUCUUUUAAUAGUACUAUGAGAUGACGUUAAAGUAUAGGAAAAUGACAGGAGGUAGGGAAGGAUCCACAGGAGCUAUCUGAUCCCUUCUUUGUCUCCGAAUAUCUGAGUUUGGCUCCAUAAUACAGGAAUUAAUACAGGGGUUCUUUCCUCCCAGUGACGUGGCUUUACCGCCUUGCUUACAGAUUCCAAAGAACUUGUGUACUCAGCGUCCCGUCUGAUCCUUACAAUGCCAUGAGGUAACGGGCCACACAGGAACGACUCUACUUUCAUAUGAAUCCCAAAGCAGUUAAGUGGUUCACCAAGGUGGGCUGGUCAGUGAACAGAAGAACCAAAGUGAGUAGUUGGGUCUUGUUCCUAGGUUAGUGCUCUGAAUAAUACACCAGGCAAUUAGUGUUAUUCCUUUUGAGGAAUUUUUUGGCUAUAUAACUCUCAAGGGUAAGUUUUCAACCAAAAAUUUUCUGUAAUGUGAGCUAAUUCCACUCAGGAGAUGUUUUCUUUUGUGUAUUUUCCAUUUUGGCCUAGUUAAUCAGAGGAGAUAGUCAAAUAGAUCUGGCAGCUUUUACCUAAAAAGACAAGCAGCUUAAAGAGUAUAGCUGUAGGUAAUUACUAGAAUUGUUUAGACUUAAUUCUAUGUUUGAAUGAGAUCAAUGCUCCCUGCCGGCCCUUUCAUACACAGACUCCAAAGACUCGAGAGUUGAUGCUUUUAUGUUUUGGUGGACUGAAUUGUAGUGUUGGUUAGACUUCCUUUCAUAUUUACACGUCUUUCUGUUGCACUGCUUAUGAUGUGUGUUGGCUGGCUAUUAGACUCUUGGCCCACGUCCUUUUUCCCCCAACUCUUUCAGGAUGUUACUUUGUUGUUAUCUCUAUCUGGUGGUGAUGAGAAGUCUGGGUCCAGGUAGACUUUUCUUCCCUUUUUUGUAGAUAACCUGCGUGCUUGCCAUGGUGUGAUUCUUUGUUUAUUCUUGAAAUUCAGUAACUUUAUUUGUGUUUAUCUCAGGAUUGACAGUUGUCUGUUGACUUUUUCUGGUACACAGCGAGCAAGUCGAUACUGACAUUUUAGCCCUUACUGCAUAUUUCUAUCUGUUCUGUUCUCUUUUUUAAGAAUUUGUCAUUGCGUUGGCUCUGUUACCUGCCCUUCACAUUUAUCUUUGGGUAGCUUCCGUCCCCUUGUCUCCCUUCAUGCUGUGUUUUUUUUUCGGCAAGUCUUACCUCCAUUUCAUUGGCUCAGGUUUCAUUACUGUUGAGGCUACACCCUGUUGCUUGUAAUAUGACUUCACUUGUUAGUUUCUUAAAACUUCUUCCCUGUAAGUCAUUCUGUCAUCCUCUUUGAUCCCUUAUUUUAUUUGAGGGCCAAACCAUUUCGUCUAUAUUUUUCAGUUUCUGAACCCAGUCUUUUCCUGGAGCAUGUUGAUGUAUCUUUUGCUUUAUCUUUGGACACGCCCCUGGAACCCGUGGUAUGGCAUUAUAGCUUUUAUUGGGUUCACUAUAGAUAGCUUCUGACUCAAUUUUGGGAUGUGUGUGUUGGAGAGCAGGAGCACUUAUAAACACCCAUUUAUUCUGCCAUCUUUCCCAGCGGUCCAGGUGCUUAAACAUUGACUUUGAAGAUAAUGUCCUUCAUAAUCGAUAUGUUAAUAAACAGAAGGAACCGAUAUUGCCAGCAGGAAAGCACCAUUAACAAUUUAAUCAAUACAGGAUUUUUGUUUACUGUUCUGUGUGGAAAGAUAACUUAGCUCGGGUCCCUGUUCUACCCAUUAGAGAUAUCAGUACCUUCUGGUUAAAACACAGGGGACGUGUGACAUUUUAAUGAACUCAAGUUAUUGGCUAUUGACAGGGAUUAAUUAGUUGGUUAAAUAUUGGAAAAUAUUUCAAACUAAUAAUCAGAGUUAUCAAAGGAAGUUUAAGCUCUUUUAUGAGCAGAUUGCGGUUGCGCUAUCUCACGCGAGCGGAGUGGGCCCUCUGAGAGCUUCACUGGGGCACAGGUUUUCUUACCUGCCUUUUCCACCAGCCCAUCUCAAAAUGUGGCUCAUUAGGGAAUAGAAAUACGUGAAGUCUUCAUCAGGGUUUGUUUUAUUGUGUGUGAAUAUACAGUUGCAUGGUUUGUAGACCAGGGGCCUACCACGGAAGCACGUGGAUUAAUGUUUGUAAAGUGCCUUUGACGUGGAUCACAAGACGGGGGUUUUGUUUGGCCUGUUUGUGGGGUUCAAGCCUCCUUGCCUCAGUGGCCAGCACAUUCCACCAGACAACCAGCAGCAAACGCUUGUCACCCUCAGUGCUCCUGCAUGACAAUCACACAGCCAAGUGACAGCCUUGCUGUAUGUACCCAGCUCCACCUGAGGUGAGGCCUUCCUCUCCGGUCGGUCUUUGCCCCAGUCUCUGCUGAUGUCAGGGGGAGAACCCGGGCACCCUCGUGUGAGACGGACCAAUGAAGGAAAGGCGGCAGGUCGAGGAGCCAUGGGAAGGGAAGCAAUGUGCACCCUCCCCUGUAAAUGGUAUCCAGUGUCCCCUGCGCUCUAGAAACUGUGCUACAUGCGGGGCACACAGCAGUGAUCAAAGCGGAGAGAAAUCCCUGCUUCCUGAGCUCACACUCUAGUGCAGAAGACAUACUAGAAAUAAAGUGAGGUAGUUUUACAGUUCAGUUGCAGUGGAGAAAAGUGAGACGGGGCGGCCCCCAACCUUCUAAGUGUUUUCAUCAUGGACAGAUGUGUUCCUCAGAGGAGGAAGGGCCAGCGAUUUUCAACUUCUUUUCUCCUCUGCAUCUGUUGGUCUGAAUUUGGACUGCGAUCAGCUUAGCGGGAGACCUUGUCGAGAUCCCUGCACUGGGGCUUCAGGGAAACAGAGGGGACCGAGCCCAUUUCAGUCCUUGUCUUGCUGACCGACAAGGAGCAGUGGUCAAUUAGGAGGAACCAACUUCUCCAUUCAGAUUUCACCGAAUGACGUGGGCCAUUCUUGCCUCAAGCAGAAACAGUUACCACAGGUUCUGGAUAUGUCUUCUUGGGAUUCAGAAAUCACUAUUUAGAGAAAUGUUUAAAGCGUCUGGGUGAUGCUGCUGGGUUAAAAUGGCUGCUUUUCAGAAGAGACCCUAUUCAGCACUUCAGCUCAUUCUGGAGGUGGAGGAAAAGGGUUGUCUGAGAAGGCUUCCCUCUCAGGUUAGCGCGAGCUGUGUAUGUCCCCCAAAAUGGAGACAGAAAGCAAUACAAAAUAUUUCCGUCACAAACUUCUUGAGAAACCUCUCUUUCCAGUUUUCCGCCUGUCUCUACAACAGAGGCAUGAGUUCCCGCAGUCCCCGGGGUACGGUGUAGGUGGCCAGGACUCAGGCUGUCACUUGGUGUGGACCACAUGCGCCUCUGCGCCACUCUGCUGGCAGUGGUCCCGCUUUCCCUCAGGCAACAGCAGAGCCGCGGUGCAGACUUGGAGUUCUCCACACCUGCUCGUCUGGGCACUGGGAGGUCUAGCUGACUGGGGAAGGAGAUGGGAUACGUUCAGUUAUUCCCACAGGUAGGGCAGUUUGUCACCCUUUAAAUGGACUUAUUUGCAUACGCACAAAAGUACCUUGGGGCAUCAUUACUGAAGGUCUCGGAACAACUGUUACAGUUAUGUGCUGUGUUAAAAGAAAGACCCCGUUUAUCUCAUGCUAAUAUUCUUUCACUGUUUUAAUUAAAUCACUGAGACACCUUGUGUGUGUAUCAGUGCAAAAACGUUCCACCCAAGGUGGAGAAUUGGCCUCAGCUGCAGCGCUCCCAACUCCAAGUGGUGACAUCAGUCUCCGAUGGGUCUGCAAGUCUCUUGACAAUAGUAAGAAACAGAGCUUCAUGUUUGGAGUGCCAUGGUCCGAUUGGACUAUUGGGGGUAUUUCUGUGGGGCUUUUCUUAAUGGUAGAGAAUUGAGAUGGCGAACCUGUGGUAAUACUGGAUCCAGGAAGCUUACAAUGAAGAGAUGAACUUAACCUGAAAAAUAUUUUUCUGUGCUAUAAAUCUCUCCGUGACAUUUGGAUUAAUCAAGCAUAAUUAAAUGUAGUUAGAUUUUUGUCAGAUUGUAGUUCAAAAUAAUAUUCAUCUAUGGAGAGGGUAAUAUAUUCUGUAGAAAUUUUAUUAAGCACUUUAGUUAAGCAAACACUAAGGAGAACAAAAUCAGCCUCAGGAAGGUUAAUUACUAAAAAAACACAAAGUAUAGUAGAUUAUGUAAAUCAUUUUAAUUUUGAAUACCAUGGCUUGGGCUUUAAUUUACAUAGAGAGGUAUUUUGGAUUUGUUUUUCACUUUAUAUUUUUCAAAAGUACAGAAUUACACUUGCAUUCUUUAAAAGUUCUAAUCAUACCAAGAUUCCAUUAAGUUUUCUUAUCUUUUUCCUAUUAUAGUUUCCAAAAGUGAAGAAUUACAGUUGCAUUCUAUUUUAGGAUUUCACUAAACUUGUGUAAAUUAUAAGAAAGCUAUCUUUACUUCUGUACCACUGAUGGUUUUAAGAGAACUAUGAGGGGAGAGAAUUUGUGUGAAAUCACCCAGCCUGUGUGUAGCUUUGCAAUAAUGUUCAUUUAAAGGAAAACAUUUUUUUAGAAAGGUAAAACGUAAGAGUUUAGACUGUGGUGAUGUCUCUUUAUUUUACUAAUUUCUUGAAAGGGAGGAGUAAGGGAUGAAAUUGAUUUUAUGUGUAUAUACUUUUUUGUACUCAGAGAAUUACACGUUCGCUACCCUUGCCUGUCUCAGGGAAUAGCCUUCGAUAAGAAUCCCACAGAAAUCUUUAACUGUACCGCUGUGUGUUCAGAUUUGAUAGUUCUUGUCUAAAUUUCAGAACCAGAAUUUCAAAAGUAUUGUCAUCGUAGGGACGUGAGAUUCCCCAAGAAACCUGAACUUGCCCUUUUCAUGAGAAUGCACACCCAAAUGUCCUUGGUCUAGGAGGAAUCCCACUUCUCCCCUGCCAUUUGACUUUGUUUGAUAAUGUGCUUCAUGGCUUUUCAGUGAAGAUUCUGUUUUCUACUGGAACUGACUCCUUUUGGGAUAAUAAACUUUCAUUUCAAAGAACAUCGCAUUAAGUAAUUCUAACUUCCAUUAACCUAAAAGGGGCUUGUUAACUUAAGUACUCUGGGCAACUUUUACAGAUGGGCCCAAACUGCAGAAAUGUGAAAGAGCAUAUAUGUGUGAAGCAGUAUUUGCCCUCUGGUUGGCAGAGUGAGGACAUAUCUAACUGGCACAUAGGACUGGUUUAGCUGCUCUCUGAGUCACCCUUGCCUUCCAAAUUGAUUAAAAAUGGCGCACUUAGGAAGGGAUGCAUAUACAUAACAACUACUUAAUGUUUAAAACAUUCUUAUUGGGGAUUCGUUUUGAGAGAAAAAAGAAUCGUAGCAUUCAGUGCUAACUCUUGGUUGUUCACAUGCACUAGACAUUAACAAAGAAGUUACGAAAGUUAAAUCUGAUUGUAAGCCAUGCUAAAGGACAUGACACAAGUGUGUGAAAUCAGAAUGAGUAUAAAAUGUUAUACUGUCUAAAUCAUGGCAUCCCUUUCUCAAAAAUUCCAAUUUGCUUUUAUCAUUUGAAUUGUUACGACUGUCAGAAAUGUCAGUGUAUACUUUGAAAGGCACCGUGUAUUUACAGUAAGAACUGGCUUGUGCCUUUAUCUCUAAAAAUGCUGACGUUAAUGGCUUUACUUAGAAUUAAGGCUAAAACUUGUGCCUAUAGAGAUGGGAAAAGACUUGAGGCUGCCUGCCAUUGACGAGGCCGUUGAAGAGGGACCAGGCUGAUUCUUUUGGGUUUCGCCUGCCACGUGCCAGGUCCUCUCCGGUGGCAGGCUUUUCCUGGCUGUUGUAACAAACGGAAAAAUUAAAUAAAAGGGGCUCAACGUGGUCCUGCAUCUGCUACCUUUUUUCCUGGGUGCCUGUGUAACUGUUCCUGGGGAACAGGUCACAUAAUGUCUUUUAGUAGCUUGCUUUUCACUUUGAAAAGUCCGUGUAAGAGCUGAUAAGUUAUUUUGACCAAUAAAUUGUGCUUAAAAUAUUUUUAGACUAAAAGUAUCUUGACUGCCAAGUGGACAUCCGUGGCAAGGUUUACCUAGAAAAUAUAGAGCCCUGGGGGACUGAAACAUUGCAGUGGCCUUUAUUCAGUGUUGGAGGAAUCGCGUUCUCUUGCUUCCUUCGUUUCCAGUCUGUUCGUUGUUGCAGCCUGCUUUUCUCUUCUGAUGCUGCACAGCCCUAGAACGGAAUGCUGCCCUUCAAUUAGAGAGCGCAGUUGUGUUUGGGUCAGAUUUGGACAACACGCCACAUUUUUAGCUUAGCGUUCUGGCUAACCGUGUCUCUGAAGAGCUUCUUGGUGUUCAGAUCACUUGAGGCGGUACUUGCUCCUUAAAGGUUACGUACACAACAUCUGCUGCUAGAAGUUCACACCCUCACAAAAGUAUCCAAGUGCUUGAACCUUAGAUAUUUCCCGGAUUUAGAACAAAACUUGUGAAUGCCUAAGACAUGCUUGAAGUGCCUAAGAAAGCUACUGUGGAAUGAAAUACACCUCUGUGAACAUACCUGAUGCUGCAAUUAAGUGAAACGUUUCUUGCUUUGCCAGUUUUUCUAACUCCGUUAUCAAAGUGGUAUCUAAACUGGGAAUGCUUGCUGACUUGAUAAGAGAAAAAUAUUAACUUACACAUGAAAUAAAUAUUCUUUACAAUAUUUGUACCCAUGAGUUCAAAUCUGACCUGGUUUGCUUUGUGCCUGUCUCAGCUUAGAUACAGUGAUAAAUGUGCACGUGUGUCCAGCUUUCUGGAGCAACCUUGUGGCAUUAGAAUAAGCCCCGCCCCCACCCCCGGUUCUGUGCUGUGCUGUGGCCUUGCUGGUAUACACCAUUAUGAAUGAAGAAUUAUUUGGGGUGGGGUCAUCUGUCAUUCCAUGUUCCGUGGAGAAAAGUGUCUCGUGAUUGUUGGAAAAACCUGACCAGAGAAGGGUGUGGCUCUGGUAACAUUUCCCGUGAGUCGCAGAGCAAUCUGUGGUGUCCGUCAUAGCAAACUAGUCUUGGAGCACAUGGACAAUUCUGUAUCCCAAUAAUCAGAAAAAUAAAAUGGUAGCUGUGAUUCACA